AUGACACGGAAGAUAGGCACAUGCUUGCGUCAGAGCUUCCGCUGGCAGCAGGCUCGGGGUCUCUCGUUUACCCCCAGGAUCCGAGCAUCGAAUCCAUUGCUUGCACCAUCGGGCAUCUCCAUCAAUGCCGGCCGGCUAAUGGAAACACUGCACGAGUCCUGCGCGUGGGGUGCUGCGUACUUCGCCGAUGAACCCCAGGAUGAGAGCAGGGCGAGGUCUGGCAUGGCGCGACUGGCGCUGUCAGACGAGGACGCGGCCGUGCGGGCCUGGCUCGCUCGGCAAGUCGAGGCGGUCGGGUGCACGCUGGUGACGGACAAGAUGGGCAACAUGUUUGCACGCAUGGCUGGGUCACGAGGGUCGCCGGCGCCGAUGACGGCGAUGGGCAGCCACCUCGACACGCAGCCUCACGGCGGCCGCUACGACGGCAUCCUGGGCAUCGUGGCGGCGCUCGAAGUUCUCCGUAGCCUGCGCGAGCACGGCCGCCGGCCCGAGUUCGACAUCGGCCUCGUGAACUGGACAAACGAGGAAGGCGCCCGCUUCCCCAGGUCAAUGGUCUCGUCGGCUGUCUGGGCAGGCGACAUCUCUCUUGACGACGCCUGGGCGCUUCCCGACAUUGCCAAUCCGGCCGCCACCCUUGGUAGCGAGCUAGCCCGCCAUGGCCUUAUUGGUUCCCUCGAAUGCUCCCACGAUCCCUUGCGAGGAUUCCCGCUAGCUGCCCACUUUGAGCUGCACAUAGAACAGGGCCCGGUCCUCGAGGCAGCCGGCCGUAGAGUCGGUGUCGUCAAGGGCUCGCAGGCCUAUCGCUGGUUCACAGUGCAGGUCACCGGCCGCGCUGCCCACACGGGCACGACUCCGUUCGAGAUGCGUUCCGAUCCCGUCCUUGCUGCUGCUAACAUGAUUGCCGCCUCACAUGAGGUCGCUCGCUGCCAUGGCGCCCUCGCCUCCACCGGCGUCCUCAAACUACCGGCUGCCUCAUCCACCAACACCAUCGCCACUGCAGUCACCUUUACACUCGACAUCCGUCAUCCUGACGAUGAUGUUCUCGACUUGGUCCAGGCCGAGUGCUUUGAAGCCUUCGACAAGGCCUGUACAAGCCCGGGGGGGAAGUCCGUCGAUCUCAACUAUACCCUAGACACAAACUCACCCGCCGCCCACUUCGAUAUGACCUGCAUCCGAGCCAUCGAGAUGGCCGCCGAGAAUCUUGUGGGGUCCGAUGGGUGGCAGCACAUCACAAGUGGCGCCGGCCAUGAUACAGUCUGUACCAGCAAGGUAUGCCCUUCGGCUAUGAUAUUUGUCCCCUGCAGGGACGGCGUAAGCCACCAUCCCGAGGAAUUUUGCACACCGCAGGACUGUGCUCUAGGCGCUCAAGCCCUUCUCGAGGCAGUUCUUCACUAUGACCAGAUGAGAGUGCAUGGUAUUUAA